GUAAAUUGAAGUUUUAUGUGUAUCACUAUGUAAGGAUAAUUCACUCCUUUUAGACCUUCAAAACUAUCAAAUUCAAUGGAAAAAUAAAAAAGGCUAGCAACACCAUGAUGAAUCUCAUUUUCUAAUCCUUCUACUUUCCAUCUUUCCAUCUUUUCAAAAUUGUAGGAACUCUGAAAGAAUUCAAAUCACUCUAUGCUUUUCCACUUAGCCGCUACCAUAAGUAGGCCUACCUCUACUCUGUUUCAGGCGUUAACUUUUAUAAAAGUGAUUAUUUGAAUCCAUGAUAACUAGUCUCUUUGCUUAUUAGCCGAACAAAACUCUACACUCGGUGAUCUAAAUAUCUGGUAAAUCAAGAUACCAGCAAAUUCGGAAGCAACAGGUGACCUUAGCAAUGGUAGCUAAACUUGUUCCCAGCCAUCAAAAAUAUACGAAGGCUGUAAUUCGGCCUUUGGUUUUUUAUGAAGUUCAAUCAGUCAGAAACAAAAUUAUCUUCUUAACCUCUUUUCCAAAUAACAUUGUGAAUCUGAAUCAUUCCAUCAUUUUGUUCAGAAUCCUCGGUUAAUGACUUUGAAUAUUAGCUCCCAUCAUUGAUGUAUAACUUUCAUUUGCAUAUUGAUAUUUUUGUUAGGUAUUAUAUAAUAUUGCAUUUACAGCCCUGCACUCAGUCUAAUUAUUAUGUAUAUUUCUCUAUCAGUGCCCACAGGGGUGGGGGGGGGGGUACUAGGACGCAGUUCUUGGGGGGGCCCUAAAAAAGGUCAUCUUCUGUGUUUAACUUUUUUGCGAAGGAUGUCUUCUGUUUCUGGGGCGCGGAUAGUGCUAAAUUUGAGAUAUUUAGGGGAGGUGCGUCCUUGGCAUUGGAAGGAGGGAUGUUUACCCCUGAUCAUUAUCCAAUUGAAACUGUAGACUUGAUGAAAUAUUGAAAAUUAUUGAGAUCCUAUUGAAAUUAUUAUAACUAAUAGGCUAUUAUUAUAGAUAUAUCGACAUGAACUUGACUUCGUAUUGUCUUCGAAACAAAAUAACUGAAUUGUUCCUUUCAUACCUUGUUAGAGGAAAAAUUUAGAAUUUCAUUACCAAUCUAUUUUGUCUCAUUUUUGUUGAAUUUAGAAUUUUCAAUUAUUUUUUUUCCAAAAUAAGAUAAGUAAAGCUACAUAUGCGCUUUCUACUCCCUUUGUAGGGUGAGCACUCCUAGAGGAGCCGAUCUCCUCAAAAUAGAUACCAUUUUUUAUGACCGAACCACCUAAAUCUGCAGUUCCACUCAUCUCUCAUCAUCAUCAUCAUCAUCAUCAUCAUCUGUCUCAUUAUUCACGUACAAGAAAAAAUAGCUCCUUAUCACCUCGCAAAAUUAGUUCAAGAGCCCAAAUUUCCACAUCAAUAAUUAUAUAGAUCCUUAAUUAAUCCAUUGAUAAAUUCACAAUAAUGGUAUUUAAGUCACAUAAGUUAUUGUUCACCCUUUGAAAUUGAAUUGAAGAAUGCGAGCAGUCAAGCCUAAUCUCCGUCUUCAACUUUAAUAAUAACCAAUCUGAAUGUAAGCUACAACAAAGUUUGUUAUUUUUUCAUUCAAUCCAUGAGAAUGUUAUCCGAGGAUAGUUACAUAAGACAGUUGUAUUGCGUGUAUGUAUUAAUGAGCACUUGUGAAUUAAUUGCAAUAUAGUUCAUUGUUUGAAAUGGAACAGUUUCCGGAAGUGCGGCCGCAACUUUGCAUGCAUACUUUUCCGGCCAGAGACGCAUCAUAGAACACGGACAAGUUCAAUUAGUGAUGAUAGCCUUGCGCCGUGCUCCUAGGGCCGGGGGCCGGUCAGGCUUGUUUUUGCCACAGACGUCAUACUGGCAAAGCAGGGGCAUCUCAAGGUCGAGCACUGGACUCCUGCAAGACGCGCAGCUUUGCUUUUCCACAAACUCACUCGUCUCCUAUAGUAAAUACCGUAACAGUUUUAGCAUAACUUGUGGUAUUAUUCCAGUUCAAAAAUUACAUUUUUAGACAGUUGAAUUUUCUUAUAAUAAUUAUUCAAAGCAAAAUUUUCAGUGCUACGUGCUCUUUCAUUCAGUGGUGUCCAAUAUUCAAAUUUGUGGACUUUUAUUGCUGCAUACCCGCAAAGUGCACUGUCAUAAAAAGUGAACCACUUCUCGACAACAAGAUGGUUAACUACAGUGAGUUAGUACAGAGCUGCCGCUCUGUAUUCGACUCUGGCAAGACAAAACCUUAUGAGUACCGCAUUGGACAACUGCAACGCCUCAUGCGUAUGUACAUCGAGAAUGGACCAGAUUUGGCUGCGGCUUUGGCUACUGAUCUGAGAAAGAGUAAACAAGAAUCUUAUUUGUUGGAGAUAGAGUUCCUCAUUAAUGAUCUCAAAAACACGCUGAUGAAUCUGAAGGACUGGAUGAAACCAGAUAAGCCAGAAAAGUCUUUCGCCAACCUGAUGGAUGACGUGAUGAUCCUGAAAGACCCGCGAGGAGUGGUGCUGGUGAUGGGAGCUUGGAACUACCCGAUCCAGCUGACUCUGCUGCCCAUGCAUGGCGCCAUUGCGGCCGGCAACUGUGUCAUCAUCAAACCCUCCGAAGUGGCGCCGGCUUCUGCCAAAAUAAUGGCCGAACUAAUUCCGAAAUACCUUGAUCAGGACUGCGUAAAGGUUGUACAAGGAGGCGUUCCAGAAACAACAGAACUGUUGAAGCAAAGGUUCGAUUACAUAUUUUAUACUGGCUCAACGAGUGUUGGGAAAAUAGUCAGAGCUGCAGCCAACGAGUACCUCACCCCAGUCACACUGGAACUCGGUGGAAAAAGUCCGGUCUACAUUGACAACUCCGUAAACAUGAGGAUGGCUGCUCGUCGUAUUUUGUGGGGCAAAUGCAUCAAUGCUGGACAGACUUGUAUAGCACCUGAUUACAUUCUCUGCACUCGUGAAGUGCAGGACAAAUUUGUGAGAGAAGCGAAAGAAGUUCUGAAGGAGUGGUACGGCAAUAACAUUCAAAGCUCUCCAGAUCUGUGCAGGAUCAUCUCCGACCGACACUACAAGAGGUUGUCAGAAUUGUUGGACUCGGGAACAGUGGCGGUUGGUGGCGAGAGGGACCCAGUCGACAGAUUCAUUGGACCGACUGUGUUGGUUGACGUCAAGCCGACUGAUCCUGUCAUGAAGGAGGAAAUAUUCGGACCCAUUCUGCCCAUUGUCAAUGUUGAAAAUGCUUAUGAAGCAAUAGGCUUCAUCAACAGCAGAGAACUGCCAUUGACUUUCUACUUAUUCACUACUGAAAAAAGGCUGCAAGAUCUGUUUUUGAAACAGACAAGGACUGGAUCAGUCUGUAUUAACGAUACAGUCAUGCAAUAUGGCGUUGAGACUCUUCCUUUCGGAGGUGUCGGUCACAGUGGUAUGGGGGCGUAUCAUGGAAAGUACACGUUCGAUACGUUUACUCACAAAAAGAGUUGUCUCGUGAAGGAUUACAAUCCACUACUGGAAUCACUUGCAUCAAGCCGCUACCCUCCCUAUUCGGAUAAGAAAAUGAAUUUCAUCGCGAUGCUGAUGAGGAAACGAAGGAGCCUGGGUCUGCAAUAUAUCCCCUAUGCUAUGACAUUUGCCGUUGGAGUGCUAACUGCUGUUGCAUUCAUGAAAUUUUACAAGGUAGUACCUUAUUCUAGAAGACCUUGAAAACUACAAUGCCAAAUUUCUACAAAAAUCUCAAUAUUUCACUGUACAUUAUCUUGUUGCAUUGUUCAUGCCAAUACUUUUGUAUUCAUGCUUUCAAUGUUAGGAUAUAUUUUUACGUAAAUUUAUUUUUAAUUUACGAAAAUAAUUUAUAUAUUUUUACAUUGAGUGCUGCAUGGUAUUCUACGAGCACACUGAACUUAUAGAGGAUUGGCAGCUGACAAUAAUUAACAACUAGAAGGAUGAGGACUAAAGAUUAAGGUUUUUGGGAGGUGUGUUGAUCAUUAUAAUUUAUAGUUAUGCAUCCAUUAUAAAGUUUGUUAUAGAGGUUAGUUGAGUUGUAAUAUAAAAAAGAUGAUAUAACAUUGAAUUCACUUUACUAAUCCUACUUAUCUCUAUUAUGAUUCUUUAGUCUAGGUGACUGUAACUUGAGUGCAAACUUCAAAAUUGGUGUUUGUUAUGCAAAUUUCAAAUGAAAAAAUACAAUAUAUAGCUAUUUUCCUGGAAGAAAACAAAUUUUCCUGUGUCCAAACCAGUUAGAAAUAACUUUCUUAUUUCAUCCUGUUGAAAAAAUUGUAUUCCAUUCACUUGUAAUUGAAAAAACAGUAUAGGUUAAUUUUAAAUAAUUGAUUAUGUUUAUACGUGAUCCUUCCUUGUUCUUGAUACCAUAUAUCACAAUAAUUGAAUUGCAUUAUUCGAAAGAUUAAUUUAGGCCUACUGCCUUCGAAAUAUAUCUGAAAUAGAAGGAAUCUCACUAGGAUUUUUGUUCAUAUAAUCAUGAUCCUUUCUUUGUUGAUACAGGAGAUUGAUCAUUCAAUAUCAAAGAAUUCAAAAAGUUGAAGAGUCAUUUGAUAACCAAGAAUUUUAAUGAAGCUAUACUCAAAAUUGAAUUUAUUGAGUCCCCAUUCAUUGAUGUUUGAAUUUUGAAUUUAUUAGAAGAUUUUCCACACAUUUGAUUAUUCUGUUAUUCCUGUACAUUAAUCCCAUUUUUUCAUCCAUAUUAUGAUUAUCGACUUAUGCAUCACAUUGUAUUUGAAAAAACAAACAGAAAAAUUGAGUUCUUAUUUUUUAUUAGUCUGUCAUCUGAGUCAACUACUGGUUAUAACUACUGGUCAUGGUAUUGGUGAAAGCAUGUUCCAAUCUAGCAUGUAGUUGAAAUCAAUCAAGCUUGGUAAAGCAAAUUGGAAAAUAUUAUUGUAAAAUAGUUGUCUGUCUCAACAUUGAUUUGUUAAAAUAGAUCUUGUAAUAAAAAUUUUAAUUGUUUA